AUGUUGGCUUUAUUGGUUCUUUUCCAAUUGAGUGUUGCUUUCAAUUCGGAAAACCAUGGACAUCAUCAUGAUGAAUCGACAAAUACGACGACACCUCGGCUGCGCGUGAAACGGAGUGGUUCAAAGCCGUGUAACACUUGGAUCCCGGGAUGUCUUCAAGCAAUGUGCAAUGAAUGCUGCAAUUCAAAAUGCUCCGGAAGUGAUUGCUUAGGAGUGGCUUGUCAUAUUUGCUGUGCU